AGCGAUGCGGACUUCGAUAAAGUCAAACAGUUUGUUGCGACAACGGCCAGCGCUUUCACCAUCGGAUUAACCGAAACUAGAGUUGGGGUGCUGCAAUACUCAAGUAGCAACUCACUGGAGUGUAACCUGGGAGAUCAUGCUGAUGAGUCAUCUUUCGUCAGCGCCGUCAGCACCAUGACAAAACUGUCCGGAGGCACAAAUACUGGAGCUGCUCUGGAGUACGCCCGUCAAAACGCAGCCUGGAGGCCUGCACCUCUCCAAAGAUUAUGAUAGUUCUGACCGACGGACAGUCAGGGGACAGUGUCGUCGCGGCCUCCCAAGCUCUGGCCGCGGAUGGAGUGACCGUGUUCGCUAUCGGUGUGGGUAACAUUGACCAGUCAGAACUACUACAGAUUGCCAACAACAACCCGGGCCGUGUGUUUGGGCUGGCCGACUUUAACGUCCUGGCUCGGAACAUCAACCUGAUCGUUAGCACCGUCUGCAACGAGCCGACAACCCAAGCGACGACAAUCGAGCCUACAGUGUUCCCAACAAUUGAGCCGUGCAACAUGACUCCAGACCUGUUUUUCGUUCUGGACGGAUCUGGCAGUGUGAGCGAUGCAGACUUCGAUAAAGUCAAACAGUUUGUCAAGACAGUGUCCAGCGCUUUCACCAUCGGAUUAACCGAAACUAGAGUUGGAGUGCUGCAAUACUCAGAUAGCAACGCACUGGAGUGUAACCUGGGAGAUCAUGCUGAUGAGUCAUCUUUCGUCAGCGCUAUCAGCACCAUGACGUACCAACGUGGUGGCAGCACAAAUACUGGAGCUGCUCUGGAGUUCGCUCGUCAAAACGCAGCCUGGAGGCCUGCACCUACUCCAAAGAUUAUGAUAGUUCUGACCGACGGACAGUCACAUGACAGUGUCGUCGCGGCCUCCCAAGCUCUGGCCGCGGAUGGAGUGACCGUGUUCGCUAUCGGUGUGGGUAACAUCGACCAGUCAGAACUACUACAGAUUGCCAACAACAACCCGAGCCAUGUGUUUGGGCUGGCCGACUUUAACGUCCUGGCUCGGAACAUCAACCUGUUCGUUAGCACCGUCUGCAACGGGUAAACAAAGCGGGAUCCGUUGGAAGGCAACAUUCGUACUUGGUCUCCAACAACAUCUGACAGCAAAAUCAACUGAAUUAAACUGCUUUAGAUGCACAUCAAUCACUUAGAGAUCUUCAGUGGAAUAGACGUCAUACAUGAGAUGGAGAAAAAAAAAAGGACAAAAAAGAAUAUACUUCACAAUAGUAGAUUUUACUCAGAUUGCAGGUUCAGAUGUGCUCUAGUAAAACCCAGAGUGGACCCAUAAACAUUGCUACCAUGCAGUGAAUACUUCAAUGCAUUAAAUUCACAAAUAUCUGGCGGCAGUAGUGACUUAAACUAUUAAAACUCAUUAAGGCGACUACUCGCUAAUUAACGUACUAUAUGAUAUCACUCUUUUAUCUGAAAGCAUAGCGAUAAAUAUUCAUUAUAUACAUUAAUCGUACACAUGUGAUUAUAAUAAGUGUCAUCACCAUUUAAAAGGCCAAUUUAAAAUGCUGUCGUUGCCUGUAGUAGGAAUCGAAAGCUGAGUAACAUGGGUGUCAUACACCCAGCUAGUUUUGUGCACUGUAGUUAGAUACAGAAGUGACAGACGCUUCAAUUCACUAUAAACACAGCUGGGGGCUUACAAAAUAAGGUAUGUACCUGCCAGUGAAUACUAUUAGUAUUUUUAGUAUUUAACAUACUAGCGCUAUCCAUACUUUAUAAAGCUUGGAUUUGGUAUGCCAUAUUGGUGACGAGUCAUAAUUAUAUAACUAUGAUACCAUGGUAACUAAUGUCGUAAAUGUGUCUAUAUAUUCAUAUGGGUACAGAUAGAGAAAUAGAGAAAGUGAGAGACAGACAGACAGAGACAAAGACAGAGAGACAGA